UUAAUAUUAGUUGAACCAAGAGUACACUCUUGGUUGAACAGCUACUUGAGCUAGUGCCAGGCGGAAAUAGCAGUGGAUUAGUGGCUGUACUUUAGUUGUUUUACUAACUGAACAUCGGUAUCCCGUCCAGACUCAGGGUUCCAUGAAACUCGAACGCACUUGUGGUAUAAUCAUUUCAACCAUUUCUUUAGGCCACACCUGAGUUGGUGUUGUUCAACUCCGAAAUGUGGUGUCGCUCCACGAGUAGAUUGUCCCUGUGUGCGAUGGUGCGGACCUGUAGCAGCACUUCACCAUCAGCAUGUUCUCAGCAGGCACAAACGUGGACUCGGAUGGCUGGUGGCUCAGAUAUCAAGGAAAUUCGCGAGCACAUGUGGAAUUCGUUCCUGGGUGUGGACCACCAGCUGCCCUGGAGAAAGGAGCGUUGGACUGCAGUAACUGCAGAGAAGCGUGAAGCAACUGCAUGCGGCGCACCAUUUGAGCCUGACAUUGCACCGCAUAGUGUAGAGGACAGCAAAGUUGUUGGAUACAUUCCACUGGGGACGAGUGCAGAACGUCGCAUAGCCUACAUGAACAUUAUGGGUGGUGUGCGUGCAGGGCUGCUGCUAGAAGACAUGGACAUUAUCGCUGCCUACUCGGCGUACAUGCACUGCUCACAACACGGGAAUCUAGACAAAGCCAAGAAUUUAUCAAUAGUUACAGCGUUGGUUGACCGAUUGGAUAUCCGUGAGAACAUAUCGUUGGAGCGAGACAUUCGCCUCACUGGAAUGGUGACUUGGGUGGGCAAGAGCUCAAUGGAGGUAGCUGUGUUCAUUGAUCAAGAAGAGAAAGGCCCCGAGGAGACUGCAGCAAAAGAAAACACUGCGGCAUCACAAGAUGGGGAUUCGAGCAAUGACAACCGGCAGUGGAAGCGUUUGGCGGAGGCCACACUUGUGAUGGUCGGCCGUAACCCACAGACAGGCAAAGCGGCACAAAUCAACUUCCUGCAGCUGCGUACUCAGGAGGAAAUAGAAAUGUUUCAGCAGGGCGAAAGAAGAAAAGCUGGGCGUCAGAUGAUGGCCAAGGCAUCGCUUACUAGACGGCCACCGAGCGAGGAUGAACGAAGGGCAGUACACGAAUUGUUUCUGGAAACUGUUGAUUCUUCCUCCGCCGCUCUGCAGGAUGAUCCGCGGCUACCGGAGGGUUCGGUGUGGAUGUCCGACACACGCAUGUCCUCUGUACGACUCUGUCAUCCGCAGCAUCGCAACAUGCACAACAAGAUCUUUGGUGGAUAUCUGAUGCGGCAGGCGUUUGAACUUGCCUGGGCGUCGGUGAGCGUGUACACGCAGACCCUUCCACAGUUCAUUGCAAUGGACGACAUAUUCUUCAGAGUGCCCGUGGAGAUUGGAGACAUGUUGGAGUUCAAAUCGCAGAUUGUCUUCACCGAAGGACCGUACCUUCACGUGUCCGUGCACGCAGAGAAGAUUGCAUGCGGCGAUGGAGCGCGUCAGACCACCAACAUCUUCCAGUUCACCUUUGCCAGCCAGGAGAAGAAGCCGCGCCGAGUGCUGCCGAAGACGUAUUCGGACGCCAUGCGCUACAUCCACGGCAAGCGCUGCUACGACAAGACCAUGAAUCGCUUUAACGGCUACAGCGCAUCCUAACUCCUGACUGUGCUGACUGUGUUUGCUUGCCUGAGCCAGUUUGUCUAUAGACUGUUGAGCAUAAUCCGUGCUUGUGUUUACUAGUCAUGUACUUGCUAUGCCAUGGCCGCCUUCAUCAGGUUCACAAACACACCACCGGUUGUAUGCUGACUAUACCUCCAAGCCCUCUAGUAAUGCCGUAAAUAAAUUGUUGAGACUUUCUUGAACCCUAUUUCAAAGUUUGUAUAUGAUACAAUAUGUUUUCAUAUCCACAUCCCAUAUAUUGAUACUUACCUUGCUUUCUUACUCAUAUCUCGCCAUAUAUUUUUAUUCCAAGAUUCCAUUCUUUCAAAACUCCUCACCUUGCUCAUCAUUGUUAGCCCAUCUCAGUAAGUGUUACCAAUGCUACCAUUACAAUGCAGCCAGCGGAGGUACGUGCAUUUUUGUUUCAUUCACCUCGAUAUUUAUUUAUGUAGCUUUUGAACUCGCCUAGCGUAAGCCGCCGGUGCAUUUUCAUCUAGUUUUUUUUGUAGUUUUCUCACUUGAAAACGAAUGUUGAGACCCCGAUCUAGUCUUAGGUUGGACCUUUGUCUAACAUUGAA